CCGCUCUAAGCCCCACCUGCAUCUCCGCUCGCAGGUAAAUAUCUCUCUCUCUUCUCCCUUCCCUCUCUUCAAGAGAUUUAUUUCUACCUCGUAAAUACCUCCUCCGAGUCUCUCUCUGCUUUGCUCUUUGUUCAAAUUGUCCAAUCCCUUAUUAUCAGAUUCACAUCUCUCUUCUACAGUUGAAAUAUAUAGAUAUCAGUUUGAUACCUUAAUUUUUUCGUUAAUUAAUUAAUUUAGAUUCGAAUCAAUCGGCGAUUCUUAUUCAUUGUAGUGAGUGAUAGUAUAUAGAUAUACAUAUAUAUAGAGAGAGAUUAGAGAGAGAGAGUAUGGCAUCUGCACCGAUGAACAAGAUCGAGAGAGCUCACCAGAUGUACCGUGACGGAGGAUACGAGGAGGCCUUGAGGUUCUAUACAGAAGCGCUUGGGAUGGCCAAGACGAAGCCCCAGAAGAUCGCUCUCCACAGCAACAGAGCCGCUUGUUAUUUGAAACUUCACGAUUUUAAGCAGGCAGCAGAGGAAUGUACCUGGGUGCUUGAGCUUGACCAAAAGCACACUGGAGCAUUGAUGCUGCGGGCUCAGACUCUUGUCACCCUCAAGGAGUAUCACUCGGCACUUUUUGAUGUCAACAGGCUCAUGGAGUUGAAUCCAUCGUCAGAAGUGUAUCAAAACCUUCAUGCUCGUUUGAAGACACAAUUGUCACUUGCUCCAAUACCUGAAGCUGAAGCAGAGCUAGAGGAAGAGGAAGAGGAAGAGGAAGAGGAAGACGAUGAGGCAGAGCCAAAAAGAGCUGAGGAAGAAAAAGAACUGGAAAAAAGAGAGGAUCAAGAAAUAGAAUUGGAAAAAAGUGAAGAUCAAGAAAAAAAUGUGAUAGAUAGCUCAGUCACAGUGGAAAGAGAUCAAAAGGCCGAGUUUAAAAGGACUAUUCCUAAUAAUGCCCCUCAAACUUUGAGCGGCAAGGAGUCAUCUGAACAGAAUUCCAAAGGAUGGCAAGCGAUCCCAAAACCAAAAGGACACUCACAUCUCGACUACUCAAGGUGGGACAGAGUUGAAGAUGACUCUAGCGAAGAAGAUGAUGAUGAGGAUGAUGAAGAGUCUCAACCUCAGUAUCGGUUCCGUUUGAAGACUGUUGGGGUACGACCAGUUAAUUGAAAGGACAAAUACAUACACAGUAUUUAUCAUAUGAGUUGGCUAUUCUAGUUCUUGAAGUAGUCUAUGUGAAGAGAUUAACAACAGAACAGAUGGAAAAAGAAACUGUGGUUUCUUUUCAUCAGCAUUGUACACGGGAAGCCCAGGUGGGUUUGGUACCUAAAACAGUCAUUUGAAACCGCUAGAGCUGUAAGAAAUCAGCUUCCAUGCGUAGGUGGCUGUGAAUGCAUAAAACAGACGGUUAUUCCUGAACUGAUAGAAGCAGAGAAAUCUGUUUUGUGGAUAUCUGGCUCAACAAGACUCGGGGUGGUUAUUCCUUUUGUGCAUGAUUCAUUUCUUCGGGCUGCUUAACAAAGUGGAGAGAGUGCCUAUUAUUGGUUAAUUGGUUCUCUGAAUGUGUAUAUCGUGUCUGUAGAUUGAAUUACAUGCCUGUUGCUGUACAGCAUCUCAAAUUCUUUAAUUCUUCCCUUGAGUGCUGAGUGUGCAUGAGAAUGGAAUGAGGGCUUAGAAUCUUGUGGCUGGCCUGGAUUUGGGUGGCAGUUGUAUCCGCAAGUUCUGCUUUCUUUUCCUAUGAUAUAUCAGAAUCAAGGGGAAGCUGAACUUGUAUGAAUGUUAUACACAAUUUGAGAGUUUUUAUUAUGCAAGAUUGAUAUUGUUUUUAAUUAA